UUCUCCGAAAUUCAUAUUUGCCAUGCGGAGUUGUGAGCAUUUUUCGACGGUGCAGUUUCGCGCGCUAAACCUGUUUUACGCUUUUGUUGAUCCCUGAAUACUUUCUUAAUCUAACUUCGGACCUCGUCAUUGUAUCCUUUCCUCUAUUCUGUGAACUCUACAUAAACCACCGAUCGCAUAAUUCGCAUUCCUCUUUCUUUCAACGAGAUCAGCCGUCGCCAGUGGAAACUGUAUCCAGCGUGCUGCUAUGCUUUUCUGUUAUCAUCCAUUGAUUUCUCCAUAGCUGAUACAGAACUACACCGGCUUCGGCAGUAAUUAUUCUCCCCUACUAUUUCUUCGCUUUCCCUUUUUAUCUGCCUGUUCCCGACGCAGCCAUGGUGAAGGAGAAGCCGAAUUCCAUCCGCUGCUACGACGCCGACGGCUUCCGGCGUCGGGCGGCCUGUGUGUGUGUGCGGGAAGUGGCGGCGGAGAACGGCCGCGGGGAGCGACAGGUGCUGCUGGUAUCCUCAUCGCGCAGUCAUGAACGCUGGGUAGUGCCUGGCGGAGGCAUCGAGCCCAAUGAGAAUCCCCGCGAGGCGGCGGAACGCGAGGUGGAGGAGGAGGCCGGAGUACGGGGACAGAUGCAGCGUUUGUUGGGGGUCUUUGAGAAUCCGGAGAGCCGUAAUCGGACGGUGGUGUAUCUGUUCUUGGUCACCGAGGAGAUGGAUUCGUGGGAUGAUCUCAAGGUUGGACGCGAACGCAAAUGGUUCAGCGUGGACGAAGCCCGCCAUAAUUUGACCCAGCACAAGCCCCGCCAGCGCCGCUACCUGGACUUCAUCGAGACGAUGCCGAUCACGCGCAGCUGAUUAAUUCCGUCCGCAUACCGUUUUCUUCAGGAUAUGGCUCCUAUUCCUCAAGCGCCUGUGCUUCCCUUGGCUCAAUUAUAUUUUGGCUUUUAGUGUUUUCGUUUUUUCCUUUUAAUUCCUGGAUGACCUUUGUGCCUUUUGGCUGUUUGUAAUGCAUCGCUGUUUUAACUGUCUGAAUGGAAUGUAGAUGGUAACUGGGAAUUUGCGCGAUGAUUUACCAAAUUUGCAAGCUUUUCCGCCCAUGAGUGCCAUGUUGAAAUGGUCUUUGCUUGUUCCCUUUUCAAAGAAAUUUCUAACUAAAUUAUCAAAAGUGCGAGAAUGCAAUGGCACGCUUUUGAAGUUGAUUUGAUUUAAUGGCGAAUAACACAAGCCUGAAUUUUCCAGUAGAUCAGAUUGGCAGUUGUCUUUUUACGCACUUUUUGCAUUUUCAUGGAGUAUUGUAUAUAUGUAAAUUGUACGAUGUUAU